UGCAGGUGCAUCUCCGGCUUUGUAGGUGCGAACGUCUUUGUGCGGCGGACAAAUGGGGAGAGGAGGAGGAGGAGGUGGGCACUUCUGCGACGUAAGAUCCACAUCAGCUCAACUCCACUCACAUCCCAGCCGGCACUUCCUCACUUUCUCAAGUGUCUCGCCCCACACCGCUGCCUGCCUCUUUUUUGGCUGAUUGUAGACCACAGCUCAACCCCUCCUCCUUCCCCCCUCCCCCCGAGAUUUGGCUUCCUGCUAGUUUGGGGCUGUCACGCUCCCUUUCCUGCUGCCUGUGGCUGGGAGAGAGGCUGGAUGGUUACACCGGGCAGGUUGGCUCCAUGAUGUUAGGGACUGUGAAAAUGGAAGGGCAUGAAACUAACGACUGGAGCAGCUACUACACCGAUACGCAGGAGGCCUAUUCCUCAGUUCCCGUCAGCAACAUGAACUCCGGCCUGGGCUCUAUGAACACCAUGAACACCUACAUGAGCAUGAACACCAUGACCACGAGCGGCAACAUGACAUCCAGCUCCUUUAACAUGUCCUACGCCAACCCGGGGCUUGGGGCCGGCCUGAGCCCCGGCGCCAUGGCAGGCAUGUCGGCGGGCUCCAGCAGCGCCAUGAACAGCAUGACGGCAGGGGUGGCGGCCAUGGGGACGGCGCUUAGCCCCACCGGCAUGAACGCCAUGUCCGCCCAGCAAGCCUCCAUGAAUGGCCUGAGCCCGUACGCCAGCAUGAACCCCUGCAUGAGUCCCAUGGCCUACGCCCAGUCCAACCUCUCGCGGAGCCGGGACACCAAGACCUUCAAGCGAAGCUACCCGCACGCCAAGCCGCCGUACUCCUACAUCUCGCUGAUUACAAUGGCCAUUCAGCAGGCGCCCAGCAAGAUGCUGACGCUGAGCGAGAUCUACCAGUGGAUCAUGGACCUGUUCCCCUACUACCGGCAGAACCAGCAGCGCUGGCAGAACUCCAUCCGCCACUCGCUCUCCUUCAACGACUGCUUCGUCAAGGUGGCCCGCUCGCCCGACAAGCCCGGCAAAGGCUCCUACUGGACCCUGCACCCCGACUCGGGCAACAUGUUCGAGAACGGCUGCUACCUGCGCCGGCAGAAGCGCUUCAAGUGCGAGAAGCAGGCGAGCAACAAAGCCAGCGCGGAGGGCAGGAAAGAGCCCCCCGGCGCCUCCCAGUCCGGCUCCAACUCCCCUUUACACCGGGCUCACUGCCCCACCCCAACCCCCACCCCCGCCGCCAGCCCCCCAGCCAUGGACCACACUGGAGCGAGUACUGAGCUUAAGACCUCGGCUUCCGCGGCGUCCUCCACCCUCAGCUCCGUGCCCUCCCUGGCGCCUGUCCAGCACCCGCCGCACUCCCUAGCCCAUGAGCCCCCGCUCCACCUCAAAGGCGACCCCCAUUAUUCCUUCAACCACCCCUUUUCUAUCAACAACCUCAUGUCCUCCUCGGAACAGCAGCACAAGCUGGACUUCAAAGCCUACGAGCAGGCGCUGCAAUACUCUUCUUACGGGGCUGGCAUCCCGGGCGGGCUGCCCCUGGGCAGCGCCUCCAUGGCCGGGAGGAGUAGCAUUGAGCCCUCCGCUUUGGAGCCUUCCUACUAUCAAGGUGUGUAUUCCAGACCCGUGCUAAACACUUCUUAGCUCCGCUCGGCCCACCUCGCGGGGCGAGUCCGAGUCUCCCCCUCGCCAGCCCGGGAACCAAACUGUCCCAUUCCCGCGCGCUUCCCGCGUAAGGACUGUUACUUUCUUGUUGUGUUCACACGCCGUGGGUACGUUGUUCGAAACCAGGAGCGCCUGCAAAGCGGAGCGACUCGCUCC